AGGAAAUAAAUUUGUGUAUUUACAACAAAAAUUAGGAAUGAAAAGUUUAUUUUUAUUAUUCUUCAUUAUUAGCAUUUUGAUUGAAUUUCCAAUUGUUAGGACAAGCUUUCAAUCGAGACGUCCAUCACUUUAUUUACCUUCUAAACAAUGUGAUAAACCAUGUUUUAAUGGUGGAACUUGUUCUGAUGGUGCGUGCCAUUGCCCGUCGGGGUGGAAUGGACCACAAUGUGAAAAUUGUCAUGGAAGGAUUUUAAAAAAACUUUCUUCACAUCACCGUAACGGCUCAAUUAGUGAUGGACCAAAUAGUUAUAGCGCUUCUGCUGGAUGUAUAUGGGUAUUUGAAAAUUCCGACAAAAAUCUAAAUGGAAGCACUUCUUCAUUAUUAUUUAAAUUAGAUGAUUUCUUUACUGAAUGUUGUUGGGAUAUGCUUUAUAUUUAUGAUGGUGAUGGGGUUUAUGGUGAUUUGCUUGGAGUGUUUAGUGGAAAUUUGCAAGGCCGUGAAGUACUUGCUAAAAGUGGACAAGCUAUAGUUUAUUUUGCUAGUGAUUUAGCUUUUAACCUGCCUGGUUUUAAUAUAAGUUAUUAUUUGAAUGAUGAAAGUGAAAAAGAAAAUAAUAAUUGUUUAUUGAAUUGUAGCGGGAAUGGGCGUUGUAAUGAAAAUGGGAUUUGCAUAUGUAAUGAAGGGUUUAGUGGGGAAGCUUGUGAACAUCAACGUUGUUUGUCAAAUAUGGAUGGACAGAUUGGGCCUUGUAAAAACAAAGCAUUCUGUAAACGAAGCAAAUGUGAGUGCACAAAGCACACCCAUGGUGAUCAUUGCCAAGAACUUUUAUUAAAUCCAACUUGGGAUAUUGUUGUGCCUACAACAACAAAUAUUUCAACAACAAUUUUUUCUCCACGUGCUUCUCAUAAAUCUGUUUUGAUUGGAGACGAUUUGUGGAUUUAUGGAGGAUUAACUUUAAAUCCAACUGAUUAUUCUCUAGCUGAUUUUAUUAUUUAUAAUGUUAAGAAGCGUUCUUUUCAUUCAAUUCCUCAAAAGGAUGAAAAUGGAAAUAAAAAGCCUUUACAGAGAUAUGAUCAUUCUAUUGUACAUUAUCAGAAUAAACUAUACAUAUUUGGUGGAGUAAUUAAUCAACGAACAGUUACUAAUGAAUUUUGGGAAUAUAAUCCAAAAAAUGGAAAAUGGACAGAUUUGUCUUCUCAUGAUGAUUCAGUUCAGGCUUUUCCUCUUCCUGUUGCUGGUCAUACAGCUCAUGUAGUUGGCACAGAAAUGCAUGUUUUAUUUGGAUAUAACCCUUAUGAAGGGUAUUUGUAUAUUCCGCAAAUUUAUUCUUUUGAAACCAAAAAAUGGCGUCGAGGCGAAAUAGAUUCUGCAAUUUUGGGUCGUUUUGGACAUUCUUCUGUUCUUUUUACUGAUCCAAAUAUUGGAGAAAUGAUUCUCGUCUAUGGUGGUUACAACGCUCCUUUAAGUAGUUAUACAUAUGCAAUAACAGAUGAAUUGAUUCUUUAUAAUCCAACAAAACAAAUUUGGACACAUUUGGGCAAUUAUGGUGUCCCUCUUUUUCGACAUUCUGCUGUACUUAUGGAUGAUGGUGUAAUGUUGUUAGUUGGAGGAAAUAGCCAUAAUGAGUCUUCUACUACACGAAAAAAUGAUUGUUUUUCUGGACAAGUUCAUGCUUUCGAUACUGUUUGUAAGCGCUGGCUUAAAAUCUACACAAAUGAAUUUACACAAAUCUCUCGUUAUGGACAUGACGCAUUUUUGUAUAAUUCUAAUAUGUUUGUGAUUGGUGGUUUCAAUGGGGAAAUGCAUAAUGAUGUUAUUAAGUUUACUCCAGCAAAUUGUGACAGUCAAGCACGUGAUGAGGAAGAUUGUGAAAGGCUAGCAAAUGGUGUUAGGUGUAUUUUCUUCAAUAAAACGUGCUCUAAAACACUUCCAACCACGUCUUUGCGCCAUUCUUUUCUUCAAUCAAUUUUAAAAGGUGACUCAAUGUUAAAUAGUGUAAACGACGCUGUUCAACAACAAAAAUAUUGUCCAACUCAUAUGGAUAAAGAUUCUUCAACUUUGGAUUUAAGACAACAAUGUUCACAGAUAAUAGAUUGCUCCAGCUGUUUGUCAGAAAAAGGAUGUGGUUGGUGUGAGAGUAGUCAGUCAUGCCUCGGUUCUUUCACAAAUUGUGUUGAUGGUGGACUUUUAACUGAUCACGCUCUUUGCCCUCAAAGUAUUAAGCAACGAAGGAAGGAGAUUACAAAACAAUUGCGCCCUUGUAAUUUGGCUACUAAUUGUUUUGCUUGUUAUAGAUUAAAUCAUUGUAUUUGGUUUGCAAUAGAUGGAAAGCAGAUUUGCGUGUCUUUGGCUGACCAAGCUUUAUUACUUGAAGAACAAACUCGAAUUCAAAUGGAAAAGGCAACAACUUCAAAUACACAACAACAGCAACAACCAUCUACUUCAAUUACAACAAUAUCACAACCUUCAUUACUUUCUUCACAAUCUCUUAGCAGAACAGCAACUCAGGAUGUUAUAGUUAUGCCACAACAACUAAAACAUUCAACUUCUGCUCUAAUAGAAGGACAAAAUCAAAGAAAUGGUACUUGCUCUGUUCCUUGCUUUUUGAAAAAUAGUUGUCAGAGUUGUAUUGAAGCACAAUGCAUGUGGUGUCCAAGUAAUCACCGCUGUGUUUCAAUGGAUACUUACAUGAUAAGCUUUCCUUAUGGGCAAUGUCAAAGUUGGAUGACUGCAGCUAAUACAAACUAUGCAUGUCAAAAUAAUCCUUUCGCGUGUAAACAACAAAAAACUUGUUCUGAUUGUCAAUCUAUCGGGCCAAGAUGUGGAUGGUGUGAUGAUGGCUCUGGAACUGGACUUGGAACAUGUAUUGAAGGUUCAGCAUCAGGUCCACGGUUCGGAGAAGGUUGCCCAAGUGAGAGAUGGUUCUUUACUGGAGAGCCAGAUUGCCAAUGUAAUGGGCAUAGCACUUGUACUGAAAAUUCAACUCAUAAACGUUUCCGUUGUACUCGUUGUAAAGAUAAAACUCGUGGUGAACACUGUGAACAAUGCGAAUCUGGGUAUUAUGGAGAUCCUAGGAAUGGGGGAGAGUGUAAAGAAUGUCAAUGUAAUGGACAGGCAACACUUUGCAAUCCGACUAAUGGAGAUUGUUUUUGCUCUACAAAAGGAGUUCUUGGCCCUCGCUGUGAUAAAUGUGAACCUAAAUAUAUUGGUGAUCCAAAAAAUGGUGGAACUUGUACAUAUGAACUUGCCAUUGAUUUUAUUUUUACUUUUAAAUUGGACAGUGAUGAUAUACGUGAUAAAUAUGUUAAUCAAAUUAAUUUCUUCAGUGUGCCAUUUAAGAGAGAUACAGAUGUCCAAUUUACAGUAACAUGUGAAGGAGAUUCUGGGGCAAAGGUUACAAUUAAUUUAACUUCACAAUCAUUAGAAGGAGGGAAUCAACCUUUUCAUGUAAAAUAUUUAAUGGCCGGACAGUUAUGUACAAGUACUGGAAUUAAAAGAACUUAUAGUUCUUCUGAUCCAAAUUUUUCAUAUGGAACUGAUGCCAACACAACAUUUAAUGUUAGAAUUAGUGAUUUUGUUACUCCUAUAAAGAUUCAAAUUUCAUUUGCUCAAUCAUUACCUAUUAAUUGGAUUCUUUUCUUUGUUAUUUUUGCUGCUUGUUUUAUUGUUCUUCUUGUUGUUGCCGGUUUAAUUUGGAUAAUAAAAAUGAGAAUAGAAUGGUACAGAAAUAUUAGAAGAAGACAUGAUGAAAUUGAAGAAAUGGCUUCACGUCCGUUUGCUUCUAUUCAAUUAGAUUUGGGUGGAGAUUCUAUGAAAUCGCAUGUGGAUCCGUGCGCGGUGGAGCCUUGUUCAAAUUAUCAAGCGGGUGUUUAUACAGUUAUUGUUAAAUUGCCAACUGGAGGCCAAACAUAUACACCUUUUGGAACCUCUGGAUUAGCAGUAGCGUCAGCAUUGUGUCAACUAACCUCAGCACAACUUGCACUUCUUCAACCACCAAAUACUGAAAAAAGGCCAAAAAGAAAAUCAAAUCUUAAACGUUUUAUGCCUUUCAUGUCGUGA